AUGCUCACGCCGAGCGGAGGAGGCACUUCUGUAGUCCUCUGCGCGGUCUCCUUCAGGGGGGAACAGCCCAGAGACAGGCAGAACAGUCACACACAGCCUGCGCCUAUUUAAAAGCCUCCUCCGGAGAGCCGCGGGAGAAGAAGCGUCGUCGGGAGUGCCACGUCUUCCCCGCCAACCCUUUCCCCGACCCGCCUCAGGCCGCCAGCCCGCUUCCCCUUCUGUCGCCACACAGAACUUCGCUCCGCCGCCACCACCGGAGCCCGCUCUGCCACCCACUCAAAAAAACCUCCUCACAACAAGCCUCUUUACCCGCCACGCCGGCGCUCCUCGCUCGGCUCCAAGGCAACGUCCGGCCCAGCAACUCCCAACCGUCGUUUUUCCCUCAUUACCGGCGCGAGCAAGGGGAACCCGCCGACGGCGCACGCGCGCAAGCGGAGUCGCUGAGGGAGGGUAGGCGGGGCAGUGGGGAGGGAGGGAAACAGCGCUUCGACGCCAAGCAAAAAGCCGCCAACCGCCGAGCUUUCCGCGCGCGUGACCACGACUUCUCGAAUCGCUUUCUACGCCGAUUGGUCCCUUCUCUUGAAGGCACGUGACCACGGGGGCGGGGUGUGUGGCUGUAAGCGUCGGUCGGUGGUUGGGAAAGACGCAGGUCGGAUUGAGACUCGGCGGCUGCCGUAGCUCGACCGGGAAGGAGAGUUUGGCCACUGCGCGUGCGUGCGUGCGGCUUGUGUUGGGAUGGUAGAGAAGCGAGGUAAAUAGGCGCUUGCGUGGCUUUGGGUGGGUUUAAAGUGGAGCUUGUCUCUCUUUCUCUGGUUCAGGUGUAGAUUGCGGCUAAAUGACGCCUGUUUGGAGAUUAGGAGUAGUAUGUGGGGGAAGAUCUCUUGCGAAAGUGGCUCCCUGAUAGAUGUCUCUUCAGUGUUCCCUCUGGAGAAGUUACGUGCAAAGUCUAAUUCCUUUUUUUUGUAACCCGCUUUGAGGUUUGUUUGUUUUCUUCAAGUGGUGUACUGCAUAAAUGUUAUGGAAUAAAUUCCAUGCAGUGCGCAAGCAAAAUUGUGGAAUUUAUUUCCAAGGAAUGCUGUCAGUGUGGUUGCACCCCGACACUCAACCACCUCCACCUCCUCAUCCUCCUGUUUUAACUUCUGCAUCCUGGAUGUCAAUUAUAAACUGCUGUAAUUAUCCUGUGUUUCAGUCACAGUGUAGCAAAUGCUUUAUAGCUCAUGACUAAGUAGUCCGGACCUCCUUUGCAGUUGCUUCAUAAUUCUUAUACUACCACUGUAGUUUUUUUCUUUGUUAUUAAACAUUGUACCAUUUCUGUUGGGGUUGGGGCAAAGAGAAAUAUUAAAUAAGUAGGGUUUUCUUGCAGUUCAUCCGCUUCAAGAUACUCUUAGCAAUUAUUUUGGUCAAAUUACAGAUUAUAUCUCUCACAAAUGAACCAUGGUAAACGACAUUUUAUGUACACAAAUAUAUUGCAGCUGCCCUUUAAGUAUCUUACACUUUAUUGUAUAUACUUGGACCGAUUGUAUAUUAAAAUUGAUAUGUAUGAUUCCUCUGUAUAGUAUUGUUAUAUUUUGCUCUCAUUUGUUGUUGUUCAUUCUUAUUUCAAAACUGAACCAAUAACAUUUAUUUUGAAAAAGUGUAUCACUAACAUAAUCUUGUUUGUUGCAGGCUUGGAGCUAUGAGAAUUAACCAGAAUACUGUACUGCAGGGAAAGAGGGUGACCCUGGUGCCAUAUACCUCUGCUCAUGUACCCAAGUAUGAAACAGAUACUUUGCCAAAUCUCCAGUUUGGGGCGGGGGGGACAUUGACUUUAGAGGUCUGGAAUGUUAAGUCAUCUUUACAUAUUUCUUUGCAAAAGAUUUUUUUAUAUGUGUGUGUUUGUAAUAUGUGUUUGUUAAUUUGCAUUCCAAGUGGAACAAACAGAUAAACUGCUUGAGCCAUAAGCACUGAAGUUACCUGUAACUGCUCUGAUCUGCAAGUACUGUAUUAAUGGAUCAGUUUAUUGAUAUUAAUUGGGCAUAUAUGCAAAAGUUGUGGGGGAUUUUAACUUUCCUUUUUUAAAAAAUUCAAAUUUUCACAUAUGUUCAUAGGAAUAUUUUUGAUAACACCUCCUACAUUUUGAGAUAACAAAACUGCAGGUAUGUCCAGGUCUGAAAUAUGCACAGGUGGGCAAAAUCAAUCAUCUGUGCUUGGGGGCGGGGGGGAAUGAUGGUAAUGGUAACCUCUUGUCUAGACUACCAAGAACUUAUCACUGCUGUCUGGUGCGUGUUUACUGAGAUGUACAUUCCACUGAGUGUGGUGGAGCUUACUCCUAAACUAGUAUGCAUUAAGAUUACAGCCUUAAUUUUUAACUCUGCAGGUAUUUGGAAACCUCAUUUGUAAGCAGUAAGAACAACAUAUUUGGGAAUUAUUAGAAAUGGACAUAUUUACUGCUUACUGGUAAUAUAUCUGUCAUUACUACAUGAGAGAUAUGUGUAUAUGGAAGGCAGGGCCUGGGGCACCCUCUCAGUAAAGAUCAGGAAUAGAGGUUGUAUUUUGUCCUAAAUACAUUAUCUCCAGGUGCAGCUCCCAUCCCCCAUUCAAUAGCAGCCUAAAUACAAGUGGAAUGAGAGUUAAACCUUGGUGAACCCAGCCAUUAAGAAUAAUGUCUUCUGUCUGUGCGGUGCCUAUUUCAUGUUGUGAAGAAAUAAAAUAGAAUGUUGGUAUUAGUUUGCCUGGACCAGUCAUUUCAUGCCUCAAAUGGGUUCAUGGUGGAGAUCUUGUUUACCAUUCCAACAGAACAUAGUAGGCAAUGUUCUGAAGAGGAAUAUAUUCCCUCUCUGGAUUUUCUCACCAGGUACCAUGAGUGGAUGAAGUCUGAAGAGCUGCAGCGUCUGACUGCAUCAGAGCCAUUAAGCCUUGAGCAGGAAUAUGAGAUGCAGCGCAGUUGGCGGGAAGAUGCAGACAGUGAGAUUUUUGAAUAUUUGUCAGGAUUUGAAGAUGGGGGUAGCGAGCACAUAUGUUUCCUAGUUUAUUUAAAGGUCCAUUCAUAUAAAAGUGAUUCUUCCAUGUUAAAACUUCAGCUGCUGAUCAGUUCAACAUGAUAAUAACUAAUACUCAUAAUUUGGACUGUGUAGAAAUAGAUGGCAACUUUAUUCUGAGCAAAAUUAAAUCUUGGAAGGUACUCAGGGCCAAAACCACAGAAUACACAAGUACCCAAGAAUCACAUAGGUAAAGAUAAAGGGACCCCUGACCAUUAGGUCCAGUCGUGAGCGACUCUGGGGUUGCGACGCUCAUCUCACUUUAUUAGCCGAGGGAGCCAGCGUACAGCCAGCGUCAUGUGGCCAGCAUGACUAAGCUGCUUCUGGCAAACCAGAGCAGUGACGGAAAUGCCGUUUACCUUCCUGCCGGAGUGGUACCUAUUUAUCUACUUGCACUUUGACGUGCUUUCGAACUGCUAGGUUGGCAGGAGCAGGGACCGAGCAACGGGAGCUCACCCCGUUGCGGGGAUUCGAACCGCUGACCUUCUGAUCGGCAAGCUCUAGGCUCUGUGGUUUAACCCACAGCGCCACCUGCGUCCCUAUGAAGAAUCACAUACCAGCUACCUAAACAUGGUAUCUAUAGUUAUCCACACUUAGAUAACUUUCCAUGCAAUGUCCUCUGGAUGCUGUGGAAGUUCUGCUCUUUAGCCCAAUACCUGUAGUUAGGUACACAAGAACUGAACUAUAACACCCUUCUUACUUAUGGCUACCACAUAAAAAUUCAGAUGGGCCUUUUUUUAUUUCCUGCGAAGGGGAGCGGAAUAGGCCCACCAAACACUUGCCCAUUUGGUUUGACCCAAAUUGACAUUAGGUGAGAUUAAAUUCUUCCCAGAGUUCUCUAUUUUCCUAAGGGCUUGAGGGACAGGAAAAGAGUUGCAUUGGCUUUUGCACCCAGCCUGAAGCAAGAGAGCUCUCAUUCCAAGUCAAGGAGGAAGCUUUUUACAACGUGCUGGUUGCCAUUAAUUACUGCAUUAGUUGACCCUGGUUUCAUUUAAAAUGGUUUUAAAUGUUCUCCAUUGGGCCUGCUUCUUUUUAAAAAAAUUCCCCAGAAUGCACAUUCAUAGUGCUUGACACAGAUAAGUGGUCUAAGCAGACAACCACGGAGGAAGACUGCAUGGUGGGCGAUGUGAACUUGUUCCUCACAGACAGUGAAGAUCCAACACUCGGAGAGAUCGAAAUCAUGAUUGCAGGUAACCUAACGCUUCUGGGCCCAUCAAUAUUUCAGCCUUUAGCAAGUUACUUCAAAAGAUUGUCUCUUCAGCAGAAGUGACCAAAGCCAACAAAAAAUAAAAUAGGUUAUAAGCAAACAUCCUGUGCACAAAUGUCUGGCCCAACUAUUGCAACCUGACCUAGCGUCAUUCCUUGGUAAGUCAGUGGAAGCUGCCAGGGUUGUAUUUUGUCAGUCAUGAAUUUUUCAGAAACGAAGCCUAAAUCUUACUAAAUGUGCAAGAAAGGAGCCUCAUUCUUUUUUCUUCACCCAUCCCUGUAUCCCUUUAGCCUGAUUGAUCUUUCUGUAACAAAAUAAAUAAUGCUGCAUAUAUUGUACCUUCUGGUCUUAGAAAAGAGCCUAGAAUUAGGAAGAUUCUAGGAUGCGUGAGAGAUACCCAUUCCAAAUUCUAGACCCUCCUGUUGGCCAAAUGUUCCCCACCUUUGUUCUAGAUGAACCUGGAAACAGAUACAGUUCUUAAUUCUCCCCUGCUCCUCUCUUUCAGAGGCCAGCUAUCGUGGCAGAGGAUUUGGCAAGGAAGCCACUCUGAUCAUGAUGUCCUAUGGUAAGAGUGUCUGGCGUGAAGUUGGAAAGUGUUGGAGGUGCUGCAUAUGCAUGGAGGAAUAACUUCUGUGUACAUCAAUAGCGGUAGAAGAUUUCCAUUCAAAGACUUUGAAAUUCUGCCAUAGAGUUUUAAGAUACCUUGCUAAUGAGUUUACUUUUCUGCUUAUACUUGGAACACAGAGCCUUCAAUCACCUAUAAUAGUAGAAACAUAGGAAGCUGCCUUAUACCGAGUAAGCUCAUCACUUCGUCUCACUUAGUAUUAUCAACACUUGCUAACCGUGGCUCUCAAGGGUUUCAGACAUUUCCAACCUUACCUGGAGAUGCCAGGGAGAGAAAAUGGGACAUACUGCAUGCAGAACAUGUGAUCAACCUUCCCAAAUGAAAUUGACAAGAGUAGAGACAGUAGCUUAUUUCUAACCUUCUAUCCUGUAGGAAUGACUCGCUUGGGACUAAACACCUUUGAAGCUAAAAUUGGAUUGGAAAAUGAAGCCAGUAUUGGCAUGUUCAAAAAGAUUCAUUUCAAGGAGGUGCGCUAAUAAGUAUUCCUCAUGUAGCAGAACCAUCUUUAGUUGACUCUGUAUUUGUGGCAGACCCUAAAGUUAACUUGGAUUAUUAUCUUGUGCACUCUCUAGGUGGGAGUAAAUGUCGUCUUCCACGAAGUAACACUCAGACUGAUUGUGGAUGAGCAAGAAAGGCAGUGGCUGCUUGAGCAAACCAGCCACGUGGAGGAACAAUUUUACAAUGUAACGAAGCUGCAGAAUCGAGUUUGUGACAGCUAA